AUGGGUCAUCCAGCACUCACGUCACGGGAGCACCUGGAGCUUUUGAGGAGCUCUGCUUUCGAAUCCGAGCACGCCUGGCUCUACGACAACUCCUAUUUGCAACACGAGGCAGCGGCGUUGGCGCUGGAACAAGAGAUUGAGCAGUCACAUGCCAGCAUAUCGCCCGACGACAACUCCGACGAGCAAGUCCGCAUACUCAAGACGCAGAUCAACAUCCACAGAGAGAGACAGAGGGCGCUGAGGCCACACCUUGAAAGUGGGAGCGAUCAGGUUGACGAAGAGGGCAAUGAGUGUGUCUUUGUACCAGCACCGAAUCAAUGGGGAGCCAACGGAGACUUGGACGAGGAGAGUGAGAGCCUAUCCGCAAUCCAUAACCUCCUCACCUGGCAAACUUCCUACUCGCCUGUGUCACAUGCUCCACAUGACGAACUCCCUUCUCCUGACAUCCCGUACCACUCGUUACUCGAUCCUACACAGCCUACAACGACGUACAAUCUUCACCGCACACGAGAAUGGACCGGGUCUUCAGGCUUCCGGAAGUAUAUCUACAGCGCACGCGACUACUCGAACAAAUACGCUUUGUAUAUGCUUGAAGCCACCCAUCGCGACGACAGUCAAGUCAACGCUGCCGACUUCUUCCGCGUCGCUGAGUUCCCACAACCGUGCAUAUCUAUCCUUCUCUCUGGCAUCGACAAGAAGCGUAUGGCGACUAAAGAUGCUGCCUACAAAUCGCGAAGCAUACACCUGAAGGGCCCCUUCUCCCAACCGAUUUCUGAAUAUCCAGAUAGACAGCACAAGAUUCCGUGGUCGCCACGACGCUUUAAAUACGGCGGACGACGGUUCGUGUGGAAACAGGGUGAUCCAAACGAUGAUGCAAUGCCGGAGACAUUGUACGAAUACCAGCAAGAUUGGAUGAAACCUGGAAGCAGGACGGGCAAGCGAUGCGACGACGCGAAGCCAAUCAAACUAGUAUGGGGCGAGAAGAGAAGGAAGGGCAAAGUGGACAGUUAUACGAUCCAUUUCAGAGGUGGCAUGGACCAAGUAUUCAGGGAGAUUCUGCUUGCAAGCCAGAUGGCGCGGCAGGUAUGCCUCUUUACUGCAAUGGACUAA